GUCUUCCGCAAAUUUAUCUCUUCCACGAAGAUUUUAAAUAAAUAACGCUUACACUCUCCCAGUUCCCCCCUUUCGUUUCUGCAAUGGCGGCUUCCAAUGGAAGCGAGUAUUUCGAAUUGGACAUCGAUACUAUCGAUCCGUCCUUUUCUCGUCCCUCCAAUGCUGAAAUAGUAGCCAAGGAUGAGCGAGAGCUUUUAUGGGCCGCGAUCGAGAGAUUACCGUCUCAAAAACAGUCUAACUUCGCAUUGUUGACGCGUUCUCCGUCGGAGAUCACUUCUUCCGACCACGAUGGAGCGAAUACGACCGAAACUAUCGACGUUAGGAAGCUCGAUAAGAAUAAACGAGAACUCGUUGUCAAGAAGGCAUUGGCCACCGAUGAUCAAGAUAAUUUGAAGUUACUUUCUGGAAUUAAAGAGCGUCUCGAUAGAGCCGGAGUGGUGAUUCCAAAGAUUGAAAUUAGAUUUCGGAAUCUGACUGUCUCAGCAGAUGUUCAAGUUGGUUCUAGAACUUUGCCUACUUUAAUAAACUAUACACAUGACAUAAUUGAGACAAUACUUACGAGUUUGAAAAUCAUGAAACGCAAACGAUAUCCACUAACAAUUUUGAACGAUAUUAGUGGCAUCGUCAAACCCGGAAGGAUGACAUUGCUGUUGGGGCCUCCAGGUUCUGGAAGAUCCACCUUGCUUCAAGCUCUUGCUGGCAAACUUGAUAGAAACUUAAAGAAAACUGGAAACAUUACUUAUAAUGGGCAUCAUCUUAAGGAGUUUUGUGUUCAAAGGACCUCUGCAUACAUUAGCCAAUCAGAUAAUCAUCUAGCAGAAUUAACUGUGCGUGAAACUUUGGACUUUGCUGCUAGAUGUCAAGGUGCAAGUGAAGCCUUCUCAGAAUAUAUAAAAGAGUUGGCACAUGUGGAGAAAGAAAAGAAGAUACGCCCUAGCCCAGAUAUUGAUGCAUUUAUGAAGGCAUCAUCUGUUGGUGGUAGAAAGCAUAGUGUUUUAACAGACUAUAUUUUGAAGGUGCUUGGUCUUGAUGUAUGCUCAGAGACGUUAGUUGGUAAUGACAUGGUUAGGGGUGUCUCUGGUGGCCAAAGAAAAAGAGUUACUUCAGGGGAAAUGAUUGUUGGGCCAAGAAAAACCCUUUUCAUGGAUGAGAUAUCUACCGGACUCGACAGCUCAACAACAUUUCAAAUAGUGAAAUGCUUAAGAAAUUUUGUUCAUCAAAUGGAAGCUACAGUGUUGAUGGCUCUUUUACAACCUGCUCCUGAAACAUUUGAACUAUUUGAUGAUCUUGUGUUAUUAUCAGAUGGUUAUCUUGUGUAUCAAGGACCUCGAGCAGAGGUUCUAGCCUUUUUCGAGUCAUUAGGUUUUAAAUUACCACCUCGUAAGGGAGUUGCUGAUUUUUUACAAGAGGUCACCUCUAAAAAGGAUCAAGAACAGUAUUGGGCUGAUUCUUCUCGGGCAUAUAAAUAUAUUUCAGUUCCUGAAAUUGCUGAAGCAUUUAAAAAAUCCCAAGUCGGGAAGUCUUUGGAGUCUGAUCUUAAUCUUCCAUAUGAUAAAUCAUCAAGUCAUCCUUCAGCUUUGGCUAAAACGAAAUUUGCUGCUUCAAAGAAUGAACUCUUUAAAGCUUGCUUUUUCCGAGAACUACUUCUCAUAAAGCGCCAUAGCUUUCUUUACAUUUUUAGGACAUGUCAGGUUGCAUUUGUUGGAUUUGUUACCUGCACAAUGUUCUUACGAACAAGAAUACAUCCCACAGACGAAAUCAAUGGCAAUCUCUAUCUAUCUUGCCUAUUUUUUGGAUUAAUCCAUAUGAUGUUUAAUGGAUUUUCAGAAUUACCUCUUAUGAUAUCUCGAUUACCUGUUUUCUACAAGCAGAGAGAUAAUUUGUUUCAUCCUUCUUGGUCUUGGUCCAUUAGUAGUUGGAUUUUGCGUGUACCUUAUUCUGUACUUGAAGCCGUCGUGUGGUCUUGUGUUGUAUAUUAUACUGUUGGCUUUGCUCCUAGUGCUGGAAGGUUUUUUCGCUUCAUGUUUCUACUGUUUUCAGUUCAUCAAAUGGCUAUUGGUCUUUUUCGUUUGAUGGCAGCUAUCGCCAGAGAUAUGGUACUUGCCAAUACUUUUGGUUCAGCAGCCUUAUUAAUUAUAUUUCUAUUGGGUGGAUUUAUCAUACCAAAAGAAAUGAUUAAGCCAUGGUGGUCAUGGGCUUUUUGGGUGUCCCCACUAUCUUAUGGGCAACGAGCUAUUUCUGUCAACGAGUUCACUGCCACUAGGUGGAUGGAGAAAUCUAGUAUUGGAAAUGGAACUAUUGGAUACAAUGUUCUCCAUUCACAUAACAUGCCUAGUAGUGAUAAUUGGUACUGGUUGGGUGUUGGUGUGAUGUUGAUUUAUUCAAUUCUUUUCAAUAGUUUGGUGACUUUGGCUUUAUCUAAACUCCAUCCUCUAAGAAAAGCUCAAACCGUAAUCCCAACUGAUACUGAUGGAACUGAUUCUACUACAAACAAUAGAGAACAAGUUCCAAAUUCAAAUGCAAAAGUGGGAAAGGGAAUGAUUCUUCCAUUCCGACCAUUAACAAUGACUUUUCACAAUGUCAAUUAUUUUGUUGAUACUCCAAAGGAAAUGAAGCACCAAGGAAUACCAGAAAAUAAAUUACAACUAUUAUCAAACGUGAGCGGUGUGUUUUCACCAGGGGUUCUUACAGCAUUAGUUGGUUCAAGUGGAGCUGGAAAAACCACAUUAAUGGAUGUUCUUGCCGGAAGAAAAACAGGUGGAUACAUUGAAGGUGAAAUUAAAAUAUCAGGUUUUCCAAAAGAACAACGUACUUUUGCUAGAAUUUCUGGCUAUGUAGAGCAAAAUGAUAUUCAUUCCCCUCAAGUCACUGUUGAGGAGAGUCUUCAAUUUUCGUCCUCUUUACGUCUUCCAAAAGAAAUCAGUAAAGAGAAACGACGGGAGUUUGUUGAAGAAGUAAUGAGUUUAGUGGAACUUGAUGCUCUUAGGCAUGCAUUGGUUGGUAUGCCAGGUAGUACUGGUUUAUCAACAGAACAGAGGAAACGGUUAACAAUUGCAGUGGAGCUUGUUGCAAAUCCUUCUAUCAUUUUCAUGGAUGAACCUACAUCUGGACUUGAUGCUCGAGCCGCUGCCAUUGUAAUGAGAACCGUUCGUAAUACAGUUGAUACAGGAAGAACUGUUGUUUGUACCAUUCACCAACCUAGCAUCGACAUAUUUGAAGCAUUCGAUGAGUUACUUCUUAUGAAACGAGGGGGACGCGUUAUAUAUGGAGGAAAGCUAGGAGUACAUUCACAGAUAAUGAUAGACUAUUUUGAAGGAAUUAGUGGAGUAUCUCCAAUACCAGAUGCUUACAAUCCAGCUACUUGGAUGCUUGAGGUUACAACACCUGCUGCUGAACAGAGACUUGGAAGAGAUUUUGCUGACAUUUAUAGAAAUUCUGGUCAAUUCAGGAAUGUUGAAGAAUCCAUCAAGCAAUAUAGUGUUCCACCAAGUGGUGGAGAAGCAUUAAAAUUUGAUUCCACAUACUCGCAAGGCACAUUGUCCCAAUUUAUAAUUUGUCUUUGGAAGCAAAGGCUUGUUUAUUGGAGGAGUCCACAAUACAAUGUCAUGAGAUUAUGUUUCACCUUCAUAAGUGCACUCAUAUUUGGUUCCGUCUUUUGGGAUGUUGGUAUGAGAAGGAAUUCAACUCAAGAACUGAUGGUUGUUAUGGGAGCUCUAUACUCUGCAUGCUUAUUCCUUGGAGUAAAUAAUGCUUCUUCUGUACAACCAAUUGUUUCGAUUGAGAGAACAGUAUUUUACCGAGAGAAAGCAGCAGGAAUGUAUUCUCCAAUUGCUUAUGCAGUUGCCCAGGGUUUAGUGGAGGUUCCAUAUAUUGCUGCACAGACCAUCAUGUUUGGUGUUAUCACAUAUUUAAUGGUUAACUUCGAAAGAAAUGUUGGCAAAUUCUUUCUUUAUAUCCUCUUCAUGUUCCUCACCUUCACCUAUUUUACAUUUUAUGGUAUGAUGACGGUUGGCCUCACUCCUUCACAACAUAUGGCAGCCGUUGUUUCUUCCGCUUUCUACUCGUUAUGGAAUCUCCUCUCAGGCUUUCUUGUUCCAAAACCAAGCAUUCCUGGAUGGUGGAUUUGGUUUUACUACAUCUGCCCAAUUUCAUGGACAUUGAGGGGAAUUAUAACAUCACAACUUGGUGAUGUAGAAACCAUAAUUGUUGGACCAGGUUUUAAGGGCAGUGUGAAACAAUACUUGGAAGUAAGCUUAGGUUAUGGUGGAGACGGUAUGAUCGGAGUUUCCAUUGUCGUUCUCGUCGCCUUCAUCCUCCUUUUCUUUACUGUCUUUGCAGUCUCCGUCAAGCUCAUCAACUUCCAGAGAAGAUAGAAACAAAGUACAUUAUUUUGUGUUUAGUUUAAGAUUUGGCUAUACAUAAUAUAAUAUAUAUAUAUAUAAUAUCCAUUUUUAGUAAUAUAGGUCUCUUGGGGAAACAAGAUAUAAUUCAAUUUUAGUCUAUGUGGACACACAUGUUGUCAAAUUUUUUAUAUAGAGAAAUUUGUGUAAAGACAAAUUUGUCCGGAAAUUAUUCAUAUCAAACAAAGGAUAGUUUUUGAGAUUUAUUUAUU